GCGGACAAAAGAUGAAGCCAAUGAAGAAGGCAUGUGUCGGCCUCCCGGGUUCUGGCAGUGGCGGCAAGUCCCCACUAGCCACCCGGGCCAAGGCCCUGCGACGGCGAGGGGCUGGGGAGGGAGACAAGCCAGAGGAGGAAGACGAAGAGACGCAGCCGCAGCAGCAGCAUCCGGGGCCAGAAGAGGCUGAGGAGGGUGAGGAGGAGGAGUCCGAGCGGGGCCCUGCGGCUGAGGGGCUGCCCCCGGAGCUGCCCUCUGACGACCCGGCAGCCCCAGGCCCUGCUGAGGACCCCAAGGUAGAGGGGGAGGCGAGCCGCUGGGAGCCCUCUCUCAGCCGGAAGACGGCCACGUUCAAGUCUCGAGCGCCCAAGAAGAAGUAUGUGGAGGAGCAUGGAGCCGGCAGCGGUAGCAGUGGGGCGGCCGGGGCCCCUGAAGAGCGGGCACGGACCCCCGAGGAGGCCGGCACCCUGGGGGUCCCUCCACGGCCACCCACCUCUACCCGUUCCUCUUCCACCGACACAGCCAGCGAGCACUCAGCCGACCUGGAGGAUGAGCCAGCCGAAGCUUGUGGGCCAGGCCCCUGGCCCCCAAGUGGCACCAGUGGUGGCUAUGAUCUGCGGCAGCUGAGGUCCCAGCGGGUGCUGGCCCGGCGUGGUGACGGCCUCUUCCUGCCGGCCGUGGUGCGCCAGGUGCGCCGAAGCCAGGACCUGGGGGUACAGUUCCCUGGGGACCGGGCCCUGACGUUCUACGAGGGGGUACCCGGCGGCGGUGUAGAUGUGGUUUUGGAUGCCACGCCGCCGCCGGGUGCCGUGGUGGUGGGCACAGCUGUCUGUACCUGUGUGGAGCCCGGGGUGGCUGCCUACCGUGAGGGUGUGGUGGUGGAAGUGGCCACCAAGCCAGCUGCCUACAAGGUCCGCCUCAGCCCCGGCCCCAACGCCCAGCCGGGGCCGCCGGCUGCCCUGCCGCAGCCCCCGCAGCUGCCACACCGGGAGCCUGAGGAGGCUGUGUGGGUGGCACGCUCCAGCUUGCGCCUGCUGCGGCCCCCCUGGGAACCUGAGGCCCUGCCGAGGAAGCCCCCUGCGGGCCCCGAGGAGGAGCAGGCUGAGCCAGGGGGCGCCCUGCCCCCCUGCCCUGCUGCCCUGGACCCCAAGCAGCCUGAGGAUGCUGAGGUGUCGAAGAUCAGCUUUGGUGGCAACCUGGGGACUUGCGAGGAGGGCGAGGAGAAGCACCCGCCGGCCCUGGGCACACCGGCCCUGCUCCCGCUGCCCCCGCCCCAGCUCCUGUCGCCGCCACCCAAGUCCCCAGCUUUCGCGGGCCCGGGCCACCCUGGGGAGCAGCCCUCACCCUGCCAGGAGGGGAGCCAGGGUGGCAGCCGGAGCAGCAGCGUGGCCUCUUUGGAGAAGGGGGCUGCGCCAGCCGCCCGGGCCCGCACACCGCUGACCGCCGCCCAGCAGAAGUAUAAGAAGGGUGACGUGGUCUGCACGCCCAACGGAAUCCGCAAGAAAUUCAAUGGCAAGCAGUGGCGCCGGCUGUGCUCCCGAGAUGGCUGCAUGAAGGAGUCUCAGCGGCGGGGCUACUGCUCGCGCCACCUGUCCAUGCGAACCAAGGAGAUGGAGGGCCUGGCGGACAGUGGCCCUGGUGGGACCGGACGGCCAGCAGGCGUGGCGGCGCGUGAGGGCAGCACCGAAUUUGACUGGGGUGACGAAACAUCGAGGGACAGUGAGGCCAGCAGCGUGGCGGCCCGCGGGGACUCGCGCCCACGCCUGGUGGCUCCUGCUGACCUGUCCCGCUUUGAGUUUGAUGAGUGUGAGGCGGCCGUGAUGCUGGUGUCGUUGGGCAGCUCUCGCUCUGGCACACCCUCCUUCUCUCCCGUGUCUACGCAGUCGCCCUUCUCACCUGCCCCAUCGCCCUCCCCGUCGCCACUCUUUGGCUUCCGCCCCGCCAACUUCAGCCCCAUCAAUGCCUCACCAGUCAUCCAACGCACUGCUGUCCGCAGCCGCCAUCUGAGCGCCAGCACCCCAAAGGGAGGCGUGCUGACACCACCAGACCUGGGCCCCCACCCACCGCCGCCUGCCCCCAGAGAGCGCCAUUCUUCUGGCAUCCUACCCACCUUCCAGACCAACCUGACCUUCACCGUGCCCAUCAGCCCCGGGCGGAGAAAGACCGAGCUGCUGCCCCACCCAGGGGCCUUGGGGGCCCCUGGCGCAGGGGGCGGAGGAGCCACCCAGGACUUCCCCAAGAGCGACAGCCUAGACUCUGGUGUGGACUCCGUGUCCCACACACCUACACCCUCCACACCGGCUGGCUUCCGGGCUGUGUCACCUGCCGUGCCCUUCUCCCGCUCCCGCCAGCCCUCGCCAUUGCUGUUGUUGCCCCCGCCUGCUGGCCUGACCUCGGAUCCUGGGCCUUCUGUGCGCAGGGUUCCUGCUGUGCAGCGGGACUCACCUGUCAUUGUUCGCAACCCCGACGUGCCGCUGCCCUCCAAAUUCCCUGGGGAGGUGAGCACUGCUGGCGAGGCGCGGGCAGCGGGACCUGGGCGGGGCUGCCGAGAGACCCCGGUGCCCCCUGGGGUGGCCAGUGGGAAGCCUGGCCUGCCCCCACCUCUGCCAGCCCCCGUGCCCAUCACCGUGCCUCCAGCUGCGCCGACUGCCGUGGCCCAGCCGAUGCCCACCUUUGGCCUGGCUUCUUCACCCUUCCAGCCGGUGGCGUUCCACCCCUCACCUGCUGCCCUAUUGCCCGUCCUGGUGCCCAGCAGCUACACCAGCCAUCCUGCCCCCAAAAAGGAAGUCAUCAUGGGCCGACCUGGGACAGGUAAGAGAUGCGGGUGGAAUGGCUGGGUGAAGGCUCAUUUGGGACGGGGCCACUGGCAAACUGGCUCUCCAGAGAGUGGUGGCUGGUACCUCUUCUGCCACGUAGCCCAGGAUUUUCAAACUUCUUUUGCCCAGUAUCUAGAGAUAUUUGUGGCUGUCUCGGUCAGUCUGGGUGCCACUAAAAGGCUUCUUGAUUCUGUGACACCUCUCUCCUUAUAUUCUGCAGUGUCCUCGGAGCUCCUGUCUGUUGCAGCCCAGACACUCUUGAGCUCGGAUACCAAGGCUCCAGGGAGCGGCCCCUGUGGGACAGAGCGUCUGCACGCAGUGGGGGGACCUGGCUCGGCCCGGCCCCGAGCCUUCUCCCACAGUGGGGUCCACAGCCUGGAUGGUGGAGAAGUAGAUAGCCAGGCACUACAGGAACUGACUCAGAUGGUGUCUGGCCCUGCAUCCUAUUCUGGUCCAAAGCCUUCCGCCCAGUAUGGGGCUCCAGGCCCCUUCUCAGCCUCCAGUGAGGGAGGUGCCCUGGCGGCCAGUGGCCGACCCCCGCUGCUGCCUACCCGGGCCUCCCGUUCUCAGCGUGCAGCCAGUGAGGACAUGACCAGUGACGAGGAACGCAUGGUCAUCUGCGAGGAGGAAGGAGACGAUGAUGUCAUUGCUGACGACGGCUUCGGCGCCACUGACAUUGACCUCAAGUGCAAGGAGCGGGUGACUGACAGUGAGAGCGGAGACAGCUCUGGGGAGGACCCAGAGGGCAGCAAGGGCUUUGGCCGGAAGGUCUUCUCACCUGUGAUUCGUUCCUCCUUUACCCACUGCCGCCCACCGCUGGACCCUGAGCCCCCAGGGCCCCCGGAUCCACCACCUCCAGCCUUUGGCAAAGGCUUUGGGCCCACCCCAUCAUCCUCCUCCUCGUCGUCACCUGCCUCCUCCUCAGCCUCAGCGGCCACCUCCUUCCCACUGGGCUCAGGGACCUUCAAGGCCCAGGAGUCAGGUCAGGGCAGCACGGCAGGCCCACUACGGCCCCCACCCCCUGGGGCUGGGGGCCCAGUGACACCUUCCAAGGCCACCCGUUUCCUCCCAACGGAUCCUGCCACCUUCCGGCGCAAGAGACCUGAAAGUGUGGGAGGCUUGGAGCCACCAGGUCCCUCAGUCAUUGCGGCACCUCCUGGCGGGGGUGGAAGUGUCCUGCAGACGCUGGUUCUGCCCCCAAAUAAGGAGGAACGGGAAGGCAGCGGAACCCGCAUGCCCUCGGCCCCAGCCCCAUCACUGGCCUAUGGAGCCCCAGCAGCCCCCCUGUCCCGCCCAGCUGCUACCAUGGUCACCAAUGUGGUGCGGCCUGUCAGUAGCACUCCUGUGCCCAUCGCUUCUAAGCCCUUCCCCGCCUCUGGCCGGGCUGAGGCAUCUCCAAAUGACACAGCGGGUGCCAGGACUGAGCCGGUCACAGGGUCCCGGGCACCUGGGAGCUCCCCGCUGGGCGUAAACUUAGUGUAUUCGGACAAGAAGUCGGCAGCAGCCACCUCGCCAGCCCCGCAUCUGGUGGCUGGGCCCCUCCUGGGCACUGUGGGGAAGGCCCCUGCCACAGUCACCAACCUGCUGGUGGGCACACCCGGUUAUGGGGCCCCAGCGCCCCCUGCUGUUCAGUUCAUAGCCCAGGGGACCCCGGGCAGUGGGGCCACUACAGGCUCAGGAGCAGGUGCUGGGAGUGGCCCCAAUGGGCCAGUGCCUCUGGGCAUCCUGCAGCCAGGUGCCUUGGGCAAGGCUGGAGGCAUCACCCAGGUGCAGUACAUCCUGCCCACGCUGCCCCAGCAGCUUCAGGUGGCGCCUGCCCCAGCACCAGCCCCUGGGACCAAGGCAGCAGCUCCCAGUGGCCCCGCACCCGCCAGCAUCCGUUUCACCCUCCCACCGGGCACCUCCACCAACGGCAAAGUUCUGGCGGCCACCGCACCCACUCCUGGCAUCCCCAUCCUGCAGUCCGUACCCUCCGCCCCGCCCCCCAAAGCCCAAUCGGUUUCUCCUGUGCAGGCCCCGCCCCCGGGUGGCUCAGCCCAGCUGCUACCCGGGAAGGUACUGGUGCCCCUGGCAGCCCCUAGCAUGUCCGUGCGGGGUGGAGGGGCUGGCCAGCCAUUGCCCCUGGUGAGCCCUCCUUUCUCAGUACCUGUGCAGAAUGGAGCCCAGCCACCCAGCAAGAUCAUCCAGCUGACGCCGGUGCCUGUGAGCACACCCAGCGGCCUGGUGCCGCCCCUCAGCCCAGCCACACUCUCCGGACCCACCUCACAGCCUCAGAAGGUCCUGCUGCCCUCCUCCACCAGAAUCACCUACGUGCAGUCGGCAGGUGGGCACGCAUUGCCCCUGGGCACCAGCCCUACGUCCAGCCAGGCUGGAACAGUCACCUCGUAUGGGCCCACGAGUUCAGUAGCCCUAGGCUUCACCUCGCUGGGGCCCAGCGGACCCGCCUUCGUGCAGCCCCUGCUUUCAGGCCAAGCCCCGCUUCUGACUCCUGGCCAGGUGGGCGUGUCGCCCGUGCCUAGCCCCCAGCUGCCGCCCACCUGCACCACCCCCGGAGGUCCCGUCAUCACGGCGUUUUACCCUGGCAGCCCUGCACCCACGUCCUCAGCACCCCUGGCCCAGCCGUCUCAGGCUCCCCCCGGCCUGGUCUACACCGUGGCCACUAGCACCACCCCACCUACUGCCACCAUCCUGCCCAAGGGCCCACCAGCCCCAGCCACUGCCACCCCGGCCCCUACUAGCCCUUUCCCUAAUGCCACAGCAGGCUCCAUGACCUACAGUUUAGUGGCCCCCAAGGCCCAGCGGCCCACCCCCAAGGCCCCCCAGAAAGUGAAGGCGGCCAUCGCCAGCAUUCCCGUGGGUUCCUUUGAGGCAGGUGCCCCUGGGCGGUCAGGCCCUGCAGCCCGGCAGCCCUUGGAGCCUGGCCCAGCCCGGGAGCCCCCUACCCCUGAGUCAGAGCUUGAGGGGCAGCCUACGACACCGGUCCCUCCACCACCCCCAGAGACCUGGGCUCCCACAGCCCGGAGCAGCCCCCCACCGCCCCCGCCUGCUGAGGAGCGGACAAGCACCAAGGGUCCUGAGACCAUGGCCAGCAAAUUCCCCAGCUCGUCUUCAGACUGGCGAGUCCCUGGACUGGGUCUGGAGAGCCGUGGGGAGCCUCCCACCCCUCCCAGCCCAGCGCCAGCUCCGGCCCCAGCCCCUGGCAGCAGCAGCAGCAGCAACGAGGGCAGCAGUGGGAGGGCAGCCGGGGACACCCCCGAGCGCAAGGAGGCCGCUGGUACCGGCAAGAAGGUGAAGGUGCGGCCCCCGCCCCUGAAGAAGACCUUUGACUCUGUGGACAAGGUCCUGUCGGAGGUGGACUUCGAAGAGCGCUUUGCUGAGCUGCCCGAGUUCCGGCCGGAGGAGGUGCUGCCUUCGCCGACCCUGCAGUCUCUGGCCACCUCGCCCCGGGCCAUCCUGGGCUCCUACCGCAAGAAGAGGAAGAACUCCACUGACCUAGACUCAGCCCCCGAGGACCCCACUUCGCCUAAGCGCAAGAUGAGGAGACGCUCCAGUUGCAGCUCAGAGCCCAACACCCCUAAGAGUGCCAAGUGCGAGGGGGACAUCUUCACCUUUGACCGUACAGGUACGGAAGCCGAGGAUGUGCUCGGGGAGCUGGAAUACGAGAAGGUGCCAUACUCCUCACUGCGGCGCACUCUGGACCAGCGCCGGGCCCUGGUCAUGCAGCUCUUCCAGGACCAUGGCUUCUUCCCAUCAGCCCAGGCCACGGCAGCCUUCCAGGCCCGCUACGCAGACAUCUUCCCCUCCAAGGUCUGUUUGCAGUUGAAGAUCCGCGAGGUGCGCCAGAAGAUCAUGCAGGCGGCCACUCCCACGGAGCAGCCCCCUGGAGCCGAGGCCCCCCUCCCCGGACCGCCCCCCACUGGCACUGCUGCUGCCCCUGUCCCCACUCCCAGCCCUGCUGGGGGCCCUGACCCCACCUCACCUGGCUCGGACUCUGGCACAGCUCCGUUUGGGGCGGAAUGA